AUGGCGUCCACCGCCAACAACGACAAUGGCGGACUCGUGAAGUCUUUGAGUCCCAGGCCGACGAAACAUGCCCUUCCCGAACCAGUCGACGGUGAGGACUGCAACUACCCGGACGAAGGCAGCGGCUUUGGCGCGUUUCUGACAAUGUUUCGCGGUGGCCUGAUCGCUCCCACCGGGACCACAUACGACUCGAUUAGACUCCUGCUUACGGCAGAGUCCGUAGACGAGCGAGACCAACUGACCCGGCAAUGGCGAGAUCACAAGCUGCAGGAGCUCAACUUCAUUGGUAUCGUCGGCGCGCUACUUGCGGGCUGCAUGACCAGCACCGGCUCUUGGCCCACUGUUCUGCCGAACGGCGAGGAGGCUCCGUGGCCGGUUCGGACAUGCUGGUAUGCUGGGAUUGUGUUCUCGCUGUUCGCCGUGCUUACGGCAGCGCAGCAGUCUAUCCGACUGCACCGACUAUCCGGCCACAAGGAUGCGAUGAAGACUAUCCGUCACUACAUGGGUUGCCGCAAGCGGGACGAGGAAGGCGUACUGCGAAUCAAACCAAGACGAUUCCAGGUCUAUGGAUGGCAGGCUAGCAUAAUGUUCUUGACGCUAAGUGUGGCUGCUCUGCUUGUCGGCAUGUGCAUACUUAUAUGGAGUUCCACACAGUUUGGUCCCUACAAAACUGUUGAAGAAGGAUGGUGGGACAACAACGCAAAGCUUGCAGUCACGUGGAGUAUCAUUACCCUCGUUACUGUUAUUGCCUUCCUCGCCGCCCAGAUCAGUUUGGCAAUGCGCAAGGACGAUGCGUGA